AUGAUGGAGGUGCUGAACGACGCGGAGCGAAGCGCCAUGGGCGCAGCAGACGCUGUGAAGCAACUAUUGGACGCUCUGAGAGGGCAUCUCAAAGAGGUGACGAGCAACACAGUGGCGCACGUGGAGAUGGAGCGAGAUACUGCCACGCGGCUGCAGGGCGCAGCAAUGGAGGCAGCUAACAGAGGAAUGAGGUUCAUCAAUGCAUGCAUGAGGUGCGCAUGGGGUGAGCAUGGGGUGAAUGUGCAUGAGGUGCGCCCUACCCCAGGUACCCCCUACCCCAGCGGUGCAGGGCAGCACGUGGGGAACCCAGAGGGCUACACAGCAACGGACAUAGUGGCGCGCGGCGCAGGGCUGCACGUGGGGCAUCCCGAGGGGUACACAGCAACGGACAUAGUGGCGCGGUACAAGCGCAUGCGGGGCUUUAACGUGCUGCACCCCAUGGGGUGGGACGCCUUUGGUCUGCCCGCGGAGCAGUAUGCGAUCGAGACCGGCACACAUCCACGGGUGACAACGGAGCGCAACAUUGGACGGUUCAGAUCGCAGCUGAAGGCGCUGGGGUUCUCAUAUGACUGGCAGAGGGAGGUGUCGACCACCGACCCCGACUACUACCGCUGGACGCAGUGGAUCUUCCUGCAGAUCCUCAACCGGGGACUCGCCUACCAGGCGGACGUGGCAGUGAACUGGUGUCCGGCGCUAGGAACGGUGCUGGCGAAUGAGGAGGUGGUGGACGGUCUCAGUGAGAGGGGCGGCCACCCCGUCAUCCGCAAGCCCAUGCGCCAGUGGAUGCUGCGAAUCACGGAGUACGCCGAUCGCCUGCUGGACGAUUUGGACGGCCUGGAUUGGCCCGAGAGCGUCAAGGAGAUGCAGCGCAACUGGAUCGGACGGUCCGAGGGCGCUGAGGUGGAGUUCGCCAUCGCUGACGUGGCAGACGGAUCUGCCAGCGUGCGCGUGUUCACCACACGUCCCGACACCAUCUGCGGCGCCACCUACCUAGUGUUGGCACCAGAGCACCCGCUAGUCACCUCCAUCACGUCGGAGCAGCAGAGGGCGGCAGUGGAGGCGUAUGUGGUGGCGGCGGGGCAGAAGAGCGACCUGGAGCGCACGGACCUGGCCAAGGGCAAGACGGGCGUGCCCACGGGGGCAGAGGCCGUCAAUCCCGUCACGGGAGAGCGCAUCCCCGUGUGGGUCGCUGACUACGUGCUCGCCAGGCGCACGGGCCUGGCCAAGAGCAAGACAGGGCAUGCCAUGGGGCCAGAGGCGGUCAACCCUGUCACGGGCGAGCGCAUCCCCGUGUGGGUUGCCGACUAUGUGCUCGCUAGCUACGGCACUGGCGCCAUCAUUUGCCAGCGCCCACGCAUGAUGCACGUGACCUCACAUGCUCUACUUUUGAGGCGCCUCAAAAGACACAUGAUGCACGUGACUUCACAUGCUCUAACACACCCCUCCUCCCCUCUCUCCCGCUGCCUCUCGUACUGUGAUCUUGCCUCUCCUUGCUACACGGCAGCUACGGCACGGGGGGCAUCAUGGCAGUGCCGGGACACGACUCGCGAGACCUCAAAUCACUUUCCCUUCGCCCUGCCCCCUUCGCCCUCCUUGCCGGCAGCUACGGCACGGGGGCCAUCAUGGCAGUGCCGGGACUCGACUCGCGAGACCUCGAAUCACUUUCCCUUCGCCCUGCCCCCUUCGCCCUCCUUGCCGGCAGCUACGGCACGGGGGGCAUCAUGGCAGUGCGGGGACACGACUCCUGAGGCGCGCCUCAAAGCACCUUCAUUUACCCUUCUCUUCGCCCUGCCACAUCCCUCCCAUCCCAUCUGCUGCAGCUACGGCACGGGGGCCAUCAUGGCCGUGCCGGCGCACGACUCGCGAGACCUCGAAUUCGCCCAAACCUUCUCUCUGCCCGUGCGCCAAGUCGUGCGCCAAGCAGCGCAGCGCAGCGGUGGUGGUAAGGGGAAGAAAGCGUCUGGAGAAGCGGCAAGAGAAGAAGAAGAGGCGGCAAUAGAGGAGGCGUAUGCGGGGAGCGGGGUGAUGGUGAAUUCGGGGUAUGAGAGCACGGGGGUGGACCUGAACGGGCUCGACAACACCGCUGCUGGGGAUGCUGUUGUUGCCUGGCUGGAGGAGCGGGGACUGGGGAAGAAGCAGAUCAACUACAAACUGCGGGACUGGUUAUUCGCCCGGCAGCGCUACUGGGGCGAGCCGUUCCCGGUGGUGCUGGUGCCGGGUGAAGACGGGCAGGAGCGCGUGGUGGGCGUGCCGGAGUCACAGCUGCCGGUGGUGCUGCCUGAAAUGGACGACUUCAACCCCACUGGCACGGGGGAACCACCGCUUGCCAAGGCCACUGACUGGGUGAAUACAACAGAUCCAGCAUCAGGACUACCCGCCAGGCGGGAGACCAACACCAUGCCUCAAUGGGCCGGUUCCUGCUGGUACUACCUGCGUUUCAUGGACCCGGCCAACUCCAACGCCCUCGUGGACCCACAAAAGGAGAAGUACUGGGGCCCAGUGGAUCUGUACGUGGGGGGAGCAGAGCACUCAGUGCUGCACCUGCUGUAUGCACGCUUCUGGCACAAGGUGCUAUACGACAUAGGAGCAGUUUCAACGAAAGAGCCCUUCCAGUGUCUGGUCAACCAGGGAAUGAUUCUCGGGGAAGUCGAGUUCACAGCCUACCGAGACACCGCCUCAGGAGCCCUCCUCUCCGCCGACGCUGCCGCCAAGCGCCCCGCGGGGGAGUGUGUGCCUGAGAGGGUGCCUGAAGAGGCGGUGGAGAAGAAGGGGGAGGGGUACGUGCUCAGGGCGGACCCGAGCGUGGGGGUGUCCGCGCGCGCACACAAGAUGAGCAAGUCAAGGGGGAACGUUGUCAAUCCCGACCACGUCGUGUUUGAGUUUGGGGCCGACUCACUGCGGCUGUACGAGAUGUUCAUGGGGCCGCUCAGGGAGACCAAGGUGUGGAGCACCAAGGGAGUGGAGGGAGUGCAUCGGUUCCUGGCGCGCGUGUGGCGGCUGCUCGUGGGGCAGGCAGACCCCGCCACCGGGCAGUACCGCUCCCACGGGGUGGCGCCCUCUGUCGUGGACGACGCCCCUUCAGAGGAGCAGCUGAGAGCGCUGCACGCGUGCAUUCAUAAGGUGACGGAGGAGGUAGAGGCGAUGCGGUUCAACACAGCCAUUGCGGCCAUGAUGGAGUUCACCAACGCCGCCUACAAGUGGCCCAGCGUGCCGAAAGACGCCGCCCGCCCGCUCGUGCUGCUGCUGUCGCCCUUCGCCCCGCACGUUGCCGAGGAGCUCUGGCAGCGCCUGGGGGGCACCUCGUCGCUCGCCUACGAGCCGUGGCCACAGGCCCUGCCCCAGUACCUGGUGGAGGACACGAUAGCCCUGCCAGUGCAGGUGAACGGCAAGGUGCGCGCCACACUGCAGGUGGCGGUGGGCGUGGAGCAGGAAGCAGCCGUGGCGGCAGCGCUGGACCACCCCAACGUGGCCCGCCUGGUGGAGGGGAAGAGUGUACGCAAGACCAUCUUUGUCAAGGGGAGGAUUCUCAACCUGGUGGUGGGAUGA